AUGGAGCAUUACCGUUACCCUUUCCAGGGAUGGACAAAUCAACCGCGGCAGUAUGUGAAUUUUACAGUCAACCAGGAGGGUGUAACAAUGGACCGCAAUGUCCAUACAGACAUGUCCGUGGCGACCGUACAGUGGUCUGCAAGCAUUGGCUUAGAGGACUCUGUAAAAAAGGCGAUCAGUGUGAAUUCCUCCACGAGUAUGAUAUGUCUAAAAUGCCAGAAUGUUAUUUCUAUGCCAGAUUUAAUGCCUGUCACAAUAAAGAAUGUCCAUUUUUACACAUUGAUCCCGAGAGCAAAAUCAAAGAUUGUCCAUGGUAUGAUCGAGGUUUUUGCAGACAUGGUCCACACUGCAGGCACAGGCAUGUGCGAAGAGUCCUCUGUA